GUCUGUUGGUCAUGAUCCUGAGUAUCCGUGUUCUGAGCCAAAUGGUCGACUAGACUGAGGCGCAUAACGAUAAUCCGAGACGGAAGGAUUCGAAGACGACAUAUGUGUAGAGGAUGGGCCCGAAGCCCCGCGCAAGAGAGAAUGGAAUCUUUGUACAUGGAGGGAUUUUUCGAGAAGGGCAUUUUUCAACCCAGCUCCCCAUCAGCACAUUCAUCGUCCAGCACAAAAGACCAUCAGCAUCAGGGAAAUCGGCGUUGUAUAUCACGUUUGCGUUUUGAUUUUUACUUAUUCUUAUUUGGCAUUUCGUUUUGGGUCGGCAAAGGGCGGCGAUCACAUGCAGGUUGCGCCCGCCCCCCGUCAUUUAAUGUUGUUUGCUCUCAACGACAAGCGAGAGCGAGAACGACCGAUAGACGAAUGGCUGCAGGACCUCUUUUCUUACAAGCCAGAAGGGAAAAGACUGGAUAUGGCCGUGGUGAACAAGAUGGGGCCGGCGUGAAGGGAAACAGGGAAACGAAUUGGACGCAAAGGAAUAUGGAAAUGGGACACGUGUAGGAGCAGGUCAUGACACCUCGCAUGACGGCGAAAGAGGCUUUGGAGCAGAACGAAAUACAAGAUGAGAUGAUUGAAGGAUAUGAAAUUGAGAAUGACGAACAAAAUCCCUCCCCUCCAUCCA